AUGGAGAUUGAUCCUAUGGUGAUUGCUAUCUUUGGCCAUCCCCCUGAGGGCAUUGAUCUCUCGGCAAACCAAGAGAUAAAGAAUACUACCAUUGUUCUCUCCAUGCUAGGCAUCUCUGCUCUAUUUUUAGCCGGCAGAAUCGCUAUUCGGACACAGCAGUCCCAUUUGAGCUUGGACGACUACAACAUUAGUGUAUCAUGGCUCUUUGUGGCUAUCACAGCUGCUAUAGUGUUUUUGGCCAAGCCGGUGCAGGGAAACAUGUUUGGGCACUCACGAUAA